AUGGCAGCGAAGCAUCUACCAGCAGUUCUUCGCAUCACAUCCAGCGCUGCAAAUCCAGAUGAAGUUUUUCUUCUUCACGUCGAAUCCGCCGGGUCACGACCUUUGGAUGUAAAGUUAAUUGGGACCGAUGGUGAACUCGUAUUUGCAGUCUCAUUGAAGCAUAGCAAGAUAUCUACACUCAAAGCAAGAAACUCUCCAUGUACCGAUGGAGAAUGGUCUGUUAUAUUGUCAUCCAUCCUACUACAUGAGCCGCCGAAGGAAGAAGGGAAUGUGACAAGAGGGGUUGAGAUUCAUGCUAAAGUGGAGAAGAAAGCCGUGACCCUAGUGAUCCAAAAGGUCAUUGAAGGGAUCAGACAACGCCUCGGCACAAUCAAACUAGAUGAAACCGAGGAAGAAGAAAUUAGCCUGUUCGAUUGGUGCGCUCUGGCAACAAAAUCGGCAGAUUCGUCAAAGGAUGAACUGGAAGCGUUACGGAUCAAGUACGGCGAACAACAGGAAACAUUAAAGAAACUCAAUGAGAAUUUCAGGGAAUUAAAUAAACAAAAGUCUGACCAUGAAAACCAACUUUUGGAGAAAUUUAGCCUCAUGUUCAACGAGAAGAAGCUCAAAGUGAGGGACCAACAAAGAUUAUUAGCGGGCGCCAAAGUCGAUCCAGAAAAGGUCGAGGCAUUGCAAAAUAAAAGAUCUGGGAAGCCUCGAACCGAGGGCGCGUUGAGAAGUGGAAAGCGCAAAGCUGGAAAAGAAGUACAGCUUGAGAGCUCAGAUUCUGAUGAUGCAUUCGAAAAGAUGGACGUCGACCAAGGUCAAGAUGAGAAUGAUACAGCGGACGAAUCAGGCCAACCAGAAAUCCAAACCCCUGAUCAAUCGGAUGAGGAAACUGAUACGGAAGAUGAGGAGGCGCCGCACCCAAAGUCUCACCAUUCCGUGAGUAAAUAUGUUGUUCAAAACGAAUCUGACGAGGAAAUGCAAACAGCACCGAAACCAACAGAAACAAAAAAAAUCGCAGAACUAUCAGCCAAAACAGAAUUACCGUUCGCAAAGAAGUCAGCGCCGGUACCUGCGUCCAAGCCUGCAAAUGAUGGAUCUGAGACCGAAUCGGGCUCGGACGAUGAGUUAUGA